AUUUAGUUUUGAGUCUUAAUUGAUUUAUCAAAAAUGACUUUUGGUGGAUACAAGGAUUCUCCCAACCCUGGACACCAGAAAAAGAAGAAGAUUGCUAUCAUUGGUGUCUCUUCUGUCCUUCUUGUGGCUAUGGUGGCUGCUGUAGCUGUUGGUGUUACCCGUAACCAUGGCUCAUCCAAAACCGAUGACAAUGCUAACAAUGGUGGAGAUGUUUCAACUUCAAAUAAGGCAAUCCAAACCCUUUGCCAGCCCACUGAUUACAGAGAAACCUGUGAGAAGACAUUGACCUCUGCAGCUGGAAACACCAGCGACUAUAAAGCACUUAUCAAGGCGGGUUUCCAAGUCGCGGUUGAGGAACUCAACAAGGCAAUAGCAAACUCAACCACAUUGAGAGAGCUUGCUAAGGAUUCCAGAACCAACCAAGCCCUUGAGAACUGCAAGGAGCUCAUUGAAUAUGCCAUAGAUGAUCUUCAAGAAUCUUUCGACAAGAUUGGAGCUUUUGAAUAUAGUAAGUUGGAUGAGUACCUUGCAGACCUCAAGGUUUGGCUCAGUGGUGCAAUCACUUAUGAACAAACUUGCUUGGACGGGUUUGAGAACACAACCGGUGAUGCUGGUACAAAAAUGAAACAGGUUUUGAAAACAGCACAAGAAAUCACUAAGAAUGGCCUUGCCAUGGUGACUGAAACCACUCAGCUCUUGACCAAUUUGAACAUAGAAAGCGUGAGCAGGAGGCUUCUUUCUAAUGAUGACCAGCGCAGACUCCAAGAGCCGGCAGACCAUUGGUUCUCUGAAGGGCAGCGCAGACUCCUUGCCGCCACAGUAGAUAGCAUCAAGGCUGAUGUUGUUGUAGCCAAGGAUGGAAGUGGCAAGUAUAAGACUAUAAACGAAGCAUUGAAGGAUAUUCCAUUGAAGAGCAACAAGACCUUUGUGAUUCACAUCAAGGCUGGUGUCUAUGCAGAGCAUGUGAUGAUUGAGAAGAGUAUGACCCAUGUCACGUUUAUUGGUGAUGGCCCUACAAAGACCAAGAUCACUGGAAGCAAGAACUUUGUUGAUGGAACCCCCACAUUCAAGACUGCUACAGUUGCUGUGGUUGGAAACUACUUCUUUGCCAAGGACAUUGGAUUCGAGAACACAGCAGGAGCCGAAAAGCACCAAGCUGUGGCACUCCGUGUGAGUUCCGACAUGUCUGUCUUCUUCAACUGCCGAAUGGAUGGGCACCAAGACACCCUCUACGCCCAUGCCCACCGCCAAUUCUACCGUGAUUGCACCAUUAGCGGCACCAUUGACUUCGUCUUUGGCAACUCAGCUACUGUGUUUCAAAACUGCACCAUGUUUGUGAGGAAGCCAAUGGAUAACCAACAAUGCAUUGUCACAGCACAAGGCAGGACAGAUAGGCGUGAGCCCUCAGCACUUAUCCUCCAAGGUUGCACCAUUGCAGCUGAACCAACUUACUUAGCUGUGAAAGAUAUCAACAGGGCUUACCUUGGUAGACCAUGGAAGGAAUUCUCAAGGACCAUCAUCAUGCAAUCAACAAUCGGUGCGUUUAUUCAGCCUGAAGGGUGGUUGCCAUGGAUGGGUAGUUUUGGUCUCAACACUUGCUUCUAUGCUGAGAUUGGUAACAAGGGUCCUGGUUCUGAUCAAGCCAAUAGAGUUGCAUGGCGUGGUGUUAAGAAAAUUACUCUGGACCAUGCAGCGAAAUUCACACCGGGACGAUUCAUUGGAGGUGAUAAGUGGAUUAAGCCCACUGGGGUUCCCUACACUUCUACCUUGCUGUAAUUACAAGAGGAAUUCAUACGCCCAGCUAAUGGUCAAUCAGUCCUUUAUACAAAUUAAGGAUCCGAAGUAAACCACAUCAUACUUAAUUAUUUUUAUCUAAGUAAUUCUUUUUUCUUUUUUCUUUUUUGAAGUCUUUGAUGACUAUAUAUAUAUAUAUGUAGCAUUAUACG